UACACUAAUCUUGUCAUGUUUCGUGGAGAGAGGUGUGGUGUUGACUAAUUUUAAUGUUGAUAAUAGAAACAAUUUAGAUAAACUAGUUAUAUUUCCUUUAGUAUUAAUUAAAAUGGAUAGUGAAGGUAGAAAAGUAAUUGUAUGUGAUAAUGGCACUGGGUUCGUCAAAUGUGGGUACGCCGGCAGUAAUUUCCCUGCUUAUAUAUUUCCUUCUAUGGUGGGACGACCCAUUAUUAGAGCUGUUAAUAAAAUAGGUGAUAUAGAAGUUAAGGGUUUACAUGUAGAUGAUCUUAUGGUAGGAGAUGAAGCUUCUGCCCUUAGGUCGUUAUUAGAAGUGAAUUACCCUAUGGAAAAUGGUGUAGUACGUAAUUGGGAAGAUAUGUGCCAUGUUUGGGAUUACACUUUCGGUCCCAAGAAGAUGAACCUUGAUCCAAAAGACACAAAAAUAUUGCUGACUGAACCUCCUAUGAAUCCGACAAAAAACAGAGAAAAAAUGAUUGAAGUGAUGUUCGAGAAAUAUGGGUUUGCUGGAGCUUAUGUUGCCAUUCAAGCUGUUUUGACGCUUUAUGCUCAAGGUCUUUUAUCUGGGGUAGUAGUAGAUUCUGGAGAUGGUGUGACUCACAUUUGUCCGGUUUAUGAAGAAUAUGCGCUGCCCCAUCUUACUAGGAGACUAGAUAUAGCUGGUAGAGAUAUCACUCGUUACCUCAUCAAAUUACUGUUGCUCAGAGGAUAUGCUUUUAAUCAUUCUGCCGAUUUUGAAACAGUACGUAUGAUGAAAGAGAAGCUUUGUUAUAUUGGUUAUGAUAUAGAAACUGAACAACGUUUGGCUUUAGAAACGACAGUUUUAGUAGAACCAUAUACUUUACCAGAUGGUAGAGUUAUAAAAGUCGGUGGUGAACGAUUCGAAGCUGCAGAAGCUCUUUUCCAACCUCAUUUAAUUAAUGUUGAAGGUCAAGGUAUUGCUGAAUUGGUUUUUAAUACCAUACAGGCUGCAGAUAUAGACAUGCGUUCAGAGUUAUACAAACACAUAGUACUUUCCGGAGGUUCUACAAUGUAUCCUGGACUACCAUCGCGAUUAGAAAGGGAAAUUAAACAAUUAUACAUAGAACGGGUACUGAAAAAUGAUGUUGAAAAGCUCAACAAAUUCAAAAUUAGAAUAGAGGAUCCGCCGAGGAGAAAAGAUAUGGUUUUUAUAGGAGGUGCUGUAUUAGCAGAAGUAAUGAAAGACAGAGACGCGUUUUGGUUGUCAAAACAGGAAUACGAAGAACAGGGAUUGAAAAUAUUGAAAAAAUUAGGUGCUCGGGCUGUGUAAGUUGAAAUAUAUAUGAAUCAUUAAAUAAAUUUGUGUUUGUCGUUUGUUGAAAUGAAAUGUUAUCGUGCAAAGCUGGCGAUCGAAAUAAAUCAUUCUGAUCGGUGA